AUGGGUUCUACAAAGGAAAAGCUGUACUAUCACGAACAGCUACGUACGCUAGGCGAAGCCCUCGCCGAAACCCUCGAGAUCAGUUCAGAAGAAUCCAGCUCCGAAACAGAAGCUGAAGAUGAGGACAUGACGCAGAUUUACCGCAACACAGUUCAGAAGAUAGGAAAACAGUUUGGCAAGGUGAAGAGGAUCAGAGAGUCCAAAGAAGCCCAAUCAAAACCCGCACAAGGCUUCAAUGUCUUUCUCGGCGUGCCAAAGACACCUUACCACGAUAAUGACUGUGAUUGUGAAGUCAUUCUCCAUGAAAUAGGAGGGAGGCUUUGCAGGACUUUCUAUACGGUGAAUGUCAGUGUUGACGAAACGUGGGAGAAUGUCUAUGAGAAGCAGCAGCGGCCUGCGUUUGCUAUGGAUGGGGAAGACCAUCGCCAGAAGUGCGACAAAAUGACAGAGAAGCUGUGGAUUGGGUUCAUGAGGGCUGAUGCCUAUCACACAUUCCUGGAUGCUUAUAACAGCAUUGAGGCGGAGGAUUCCAGGACGUUUGCUUGCAGGCUCUUGAUCAGAUGUGUUGCGAAGAACACUCUCCCGGUGACAGUCGGGCCUAGGGCUAUCAGUCGUGCCUUGAAGUUGUUGGAUGAGCUGGCAGAGCUCAACGCUGCGGACUCUUCUAGACGGUUUCUAGGAUAG